GUGCAGAGUCAGAGAGAGACUGGCAAUAAGAGAAAAGGUGUGAGUGGACAGGAGUGGUGAGGUUUCUUCCCAGCAUGCCACCAGUACAGCAGCAUUACAGGGCCACUGUGCCCACAACAGGCUGGAUCCUGUCUUUGGCGGUGUUUCUUGCUCUUCAGGGUGCUGCUCAUGCUGCUCCAUCAGGAGACAACAAGCUGGUUCGCACCACCAGAGUGAGGAGACAGACCCCAGGGGGGGAUCAGCCCCCUUCCACUUCCUCAGCCAACCAGACCCUGCGGGACCAACCCGUGGUUUUUAACCAUGUCUACAACAUCAAUGUACCCUUGGAGUCUCUGUGCUCUGUCGACCUGGAUGCCUCUGCACCAUCUGACCCAGGUUCUCGUGCUGAGCUGGGGUCAAGACCUUCUGUGGAGGGUCCAAUGGACCCAACUGGACCAACAGAAUACACUGAGCAGACACUGGAUGCUGACAGCCAGGUAACAUUCACUCACCGCAUUAACAUCCCAAAAGCUGCAUGUGGUUGUCCGGCAACAGCCACAAUCCAGCAGCUCGCCACCAGGGUGGAGAUGUUGGAGAGGGAAGUUUCCCUGCUCAGAGCUCAGUGUGGAUCUGGAUGCUGUGGGGAGAGCUCAGCCAUGGGUCGUCUGGACUUUGUCCCAGGCUGCAGUGGCCACGGCAGCUUCAGCUUUGACCUGUGUGGCUGCAUCUGUGAGGAAGGCUGGACCGGCAAAAACUGCUCCGAGCCUCGCUGCCAGGAUGACUGCUCCGGCCAGGGGGUGUGCGUGGAAGGGGAGUGCGUGUGUGACCGUGACUUUGGUGGUGAGAACUGUUCAGAGCCCCGGUGCCCUUCAGACUGCUCGGGCCGCGGGUUGUGUAUCGACGGGGAGUGUGUGUGCGAGGAGUCCUUCACUGGCGAGGACUGCAUGGUUGGCAGGUGUCUCAACGACUGCUCGGACCAGGGGCUGUGCAUCAAUGGGACGUGCCAGUGCCGGCCUGGGUAUGUGGGGGAGGACUGUUCGCUGGUCUACUGUGCCAACAACUGUAGCAAGAAGGGAGUCUGCAAGGAUGGAUUCUGCGCCUGCCAGGAUGGCUUUGCUGGAGAUGAUUGCAACUCUGUGGCACCAGCCAUGAACCUGAAGGUGCGUGGCGUGACUGAUCGCAUUAUUGAGCUGGAGUGGGAUGGGUCAGUUGUGCUCACAGAUUUCUUAGUGACCUACACACCAAGCAGCACUGGAGGUGUUCAACUAGAGAUAAGGAUUCCAGGCAAUAUCACCACCUGCACUAUCUCAGGCCUGGAGGCAGGCGUUGAGUACAACAUCAACGUGUUCGCUGUCAUUAACAACAGUAUCAGCGUCCCUGCCAGCAUUACUGUAUCAACCUAUCUCUCCAAUCCAGAUGGUUUAGUCUUUAAAUCCAUCACAGAGACAUCAGUGGAGGUCCAGUGGCAACCAUUCUACUAUUCCUUCGAUGGAUGGGAGAUCAGUUUCAUCCCCAAGGACAAUGAUGGAGGGAUGACUGCACAGCUGCCCAGCACCAUCACUUCCUUUGUGCAAACUGGUUUAAGACCAGGGGAGGAGUAUACUGUUAACCUGGUGGCACUCCGAGACCAGGGUCGAAGCCAGCCAGUCACUGCUACAGUCACAACAUUGAUUGAUGGCCCCACACAGCUGAUUGUGCGGGAUGUGUCAGACACCGUAGCGUUUGUGGAGUGGAUACCACCAAAAGCAAAGAUUGAUCAGAUUGUGUUGCGUUACGGCCUGGUGGGAGGAGAGGGUCCACGGACCACCUUCCGCCUCCAGCCCACUCUCAGCCAGUACUCCCUGCAGGUUCUGCGUCCUGGCUCACGUUACGAGGUGUCUGUGAGCGGUGUGAGGAAGGGAAAUGAGAGCGGAUCUAUUUCCACUGAAUUUACUACCGAGAUCGAUGCUCCCAAGAACUUGCGGCUCGUGUCCAUGACCUCCACCACCCUGGAGCUUGAAUGGGAUAACAGUGAGGCUGAGGUGGAGGGCUACCAGGUGGUGUACAGCACUUUAGCAGGAGACCAGUAUGAUAAAGUCAUUGUGCCACGCAAUGAGGGAACUACCACUAAGACAACUCUCACAGACCUGCUGCCAGGCACGGAGUACGGCAUCGGCAUUUCUGCCAUGAAGGGUAGCAACCAGAGUACACCAGCAACAAUGAACGCCAGGACAGACUUGGAUGUGCCCUUGGAUCUAACUGUGACGGCUUCCACAGACAACACCAUCACUCUGGUGUGGGGCGUGGUCCAGGGCCCCAUCGACCAUUACAAGAUCACCUACACAUCCUCCUCUGGCGUCACUAGUGAGCUGACAGUGCCUAAAGAUGUAACCACCACCACUCUUACGGACCUUGAGCCUGGGACUGAGUACACCAUCACUGUAGCAGCAAGAAGAGGAAGACAGCAGAGCACUGCAGCUACCAUAGACGCCUUCACAGGUAUGGACCCACCCAAAGAGAUGGCGGUGUCGGAUGUGACCGAAGACUCAGUGACUAUCUCUUGGAUCAAACCACUGGCUCCGUUUGAAUACUAUAAGCUGUCCUACCAGUCAGCCAGAGGUCGAGUGGACAGCGUGGUGAUUGACAGCGAUGUCACCAACUACACCUUGUCCAGUCUGUUUCCUGCGACAGAAUACGAGAUCAGCCUCAACGCUGUCAGAGGGAGUCAGGAGAGCAAAGUUGUCACCACCUCUGUAUUCACAGCGAUGGACAUGCCUUCAGAGUUGACGGCUCUGAACAUCACUCCACAAGGAGCCCUGCUGAGGUGGAAUCCCCCUCUUUCCAAUGUCGACAACUUUGUGCUGACCCUCACACACAACCAGGUGACGGCUGAUACUUUCCUUGUGGAAGGUAACAAGCAGGAGCACCAGCUGUCAAACCUUAAGCCAAGCACCACCUACUCUGUGGCCCUCUAUGCCACCAAAGGACCCCUCACCAGCGGCACCGUCAUCACUAACCUUCAAACACGAGACUACCAGAUCUCACCCGAGGAGCAUAUCAGCUACCCCACAAAGCCCUGUGUGCCAUUCAGAUACACAUUAGUCUUUGGCAAUGAGAUUAAUGUGAAACAGUUCCAGCAUGCUGAAAAUGAAGAUAGUGAUGUGAUUCAUGACACGCACAUAUACGCAGAGCCGAAUUGCCAAACGGAGGACGACGUUUUCUUCUUCAGACACGGAGAACCCCGGAGAAUCCCUAGCAAAAGCCAGGAUCGGCAGCUAGUGGGACCAGCAACAGGCCAAGCAGGCCGCCGGCAAGCAGUCCACUCACCUCCGUCAUCCAAUCAGUCAGCUGGGCUCGCCUACCUGCCUUCUCCCCUCGCCUCGCCUCCGCGGCGUUCCCCCGGCUUCCCUCCCCGCUCCUCGCCCCUCUUGCCUCGCCCUCCUGCCCCCUCUCGGUCGCCUCACCUGAACCUUUCCAGCCCCGCCAGCUCCUCGGCCCCCCGCGCCCACGUCUGCCGGCAUCCAACUUUCCCCUUUUCACCUCCUGUCUCGCCUACCUUUUUUUUUUUUUUCCCCCUCAAUAAACCUCUUUUGCAAACUGACAAGCCUUGCGUUUGGGUGUGA